AUGAUUCCGGUGACCGAGCUCCGCUACUUUGCGGACACACAGCCGGCGUACCGGAUCCUGAAGCCGUGGUGGGACGUGUUCACCGACUACAUCUCCAUCGUCAUGCUGAUGAUCGCGGUCUUCGGGGGCACGCUGCAGGUCACCCAGGACAAGAUGAUCUGCCUGCCCUGUAAGUGGGUCACCAAGGACUCCUGCAACGACUCCUUCCGGAGCUGGGCCGCGUCCGCCCCGGAGCCCGUCUACCCCAACUCCACCGUCCUGCCGAGCCCCGACACCGGCCCCACCGGCAUCAAGUACAACCUGGACCGGCACCAGUACAACUACGUGGACGCCGUGUGCUACGAGAACCGCCUGCACUGGUUCGCCAAGUACUUCCCCUACCUGGUGCUGCUGCACACGCUCAUCUUCCUGGCCUGCAGCAACUUCUGGUUCAAGUUCCCGCGCACCAGCUCCAAGCUGGAGCACUUUGUGUCCAUCCUGCUCAAGUGCUUCGACUCGCCGUGGACCACGCGGGCCCUGUCGGAGACGGUGGUGGAGGAGAGCGACCCCAAGCCGGCCUUCAGCAAGAUGAACGGCUCCAUGGACAAGAAGUCCUCCACCGUCAGCGAGGACGUGGAGGCCACGGUGCCCAUGCUGCAGCGGACCAAGUCUCGGAUUGAGCAGGGCAUCGUGGACCGCUCGGAGACGGGCGUGCUGGACAAGAAGGAGGGGGAGCAGGCCAAGGCGCUCUUCGAGAAGGUGAAGAAGUUCCGGACCCACGUGGAGGAGGGCGACAUCGUGUACCGCCUCUACAUGCGGCAGACCAUCAUCAAGGUGAUCAAGUUCAUCCUCAUCAUCUGCUACACCGUCUACUACGUGCACAACAUCAAGUUCGACGUGGACUGCACCGUGGACAUCGAGAGCCUGACGGGCUACCGCACCUACCGGUGCGCCCACCCGCUGGCCACGCUCUUCAAGAUCCUGGCGUCCUUCUACAUCAGCCUGGUCAUCUUCUACGGCCUCAUCUGCAUGUACACGCUGUGGUGGAUGCUGCGCCGCUCCCUCAAGAAGUACUCCUUCGAGUCCAUCCGGGAGGAGAGCAGCUACAGCGACAUCCCCGACGUCAAGAACGACUUCGCCUUCAUGCUGCACCUCAUCGACCAGUACGACCCGCUGUACUCCAAGCGCUUCGCCGUCUUCCUGUCGGAGGUGAGCGAGAACAAGCUGCGGCAGCUGAACCUCAACAACGAGUGGACGCUGGACAAGCUGCGCCAGCGGCUCACCAAGAACGCGCAGGACAAGCUGGAGCUGCACCUGUUCAUGCUCAGCGGCAUCCCCGACACCGUGUUCGACCUGGUGGAGCUGGAGGUGCUGAAGCUCGAGCUGAUCCCCGACGUGACCAUCCCGCCCAGCAUCGCCCAGCUCACGGGCCUCCAGGAGCUGUGGCUGUACCACACGGCAGCCAAGAUCGAGGCGCCGGCCCUGGCCUUCCUGCGCGAGAACCUGCGGGCGCUGCACAUCAAGUUCACGGACAUCAAGGAGAUCCCGCUGUGGAUCUACAGCCUGAAGACGCUGGAGGAGCUGCACCUCACGGGCAACCUGAGCGCCGAGAACAACCGCUUCAUCGUCAUCGACGGGCUGCGCGAGCUCAAGCGCCUCAAGGUGCUGCGGCUCAAGAGCAACCUGAGCAAGCUGCCGCAGGUGGUCACGGACGUGGGCGUGCACCUGCAGAAGCUGUCCAUCAACAACGAGGGCACCAAGCUCAUCGUCCUCAACAGCCUCAAGAAGAUGGUGAACCUGACCGAGCUGGAGCUCAUCCGCUGCGACCUGGAGCGCAUCCCCCACUCCAUCUUCAGCCUCCACAACCUGCAGGAGAUCGACCUCAAGGACAACAACCUCAAGACCAUCGAGGAGAUCAUCAGCUUCCAGCACCUGCACCGCCUCACCUGCCUUAAGCUCUGGUACAACCACAUCGCCUACAUCCCCAUCCAGAUCGGCAACCUCACCAGCCUCGAGCGCCUCUACCUGAACCGCAACAAGAUCGAGAAGAUCCCGCCCCAGCUGUUCUACUGCCGCAAGCUGCGCCACCUGGACCUCAGCCACAACAACCUGGCCUUCCUCCCCGCCGACAUCGGCCUCCUGCAGAGCCUCCAGAACCUGGCCAUCACCGCCAACCGGAUCGAGGCGCUGCCCCCGGAGCUGUUCCAGUGCCGGAAGCUGCGGGCCCUGCACCUGGGCAACAACGUGCUGCAGUCGCUGCCCUCGCGGGUGGGCGAGCUGACCAACCUGACCCAGAUCGAGCUGCGGGGCAACCGGCUGGAGUGCCUGCCCGUGGAGCUGGGCGAGUGCCCGCUGCUCAAGCGCAGCGGCCUGGUGGUGGAGGAGGACCUGUUCAACACGCUGCCGCCCGAGGUGAAGGAGCGGCUGUGGCGGGCCGACAAGGAGCAGGCCUGA